CGCGCAAGUGUCGCAGAAUUCGAACUGAGUGCGAAUAGUUGAAGUUAAAAAAAUGACGGACGCAGGUUCAAGGACCCUGCAGUUCACGGCUGCGGCUGCAGGUAAUUUGAAUAUUGUAGCCUGCGGAGCUAUACUAGGUUGGACCAGUCCAAUUUUGCCGAAAUUAUCGAGAAAUAAUCCAAUUUCGUCGGACAAUCAGCUGCUGCGGCCGAUAACGACAGACGAGGGUUCGUGGAUUGGUUCGCUUGUUGCUUUGGGCGUCAUGUUCGGAAGUUUUGCGUCCGGUUACCUUGGCGAGUGGCUAGGACGAAAAAGAGGCCUUUUGAUGAGCACGUUCCCUUUCAUAGUUGGCUGGUUAUUAGUGGGCACUGCAAAACACAUCGGUCAGAUAUAUGCCGGGCGUUUUAUUUUGGGCCUCGGCGUUUCUAUCCCAUUUACGUUGUUACCAAUGUACAUAGGAGAAAUAUCAGAAGCAUCAAUCAGAGGUGCCCUUGGCUCGUUUCUGCAGCUUUUCAUCACCUUUGGCUUCCUGUUUUCCUAUUCGGUCGGUCCAUACAUUUCUUACACCAUAUUUUGGCUGCUUUGCACUAGCCUGCACAUUGGUUUCUACGUGUGCUUCAUGAUAAUGCCGGAGUCACCGUAUUUUCUCCUGAGUAAAGGACGCGAAGUCGAGGCUGCCGAGGCGCUUGCCAGGUUUCGCGGCAAAAGUGUCGCAGGUGUUGAGAAGGAGAUCGAGCAAAUACAGGUAGAGAUAGACGAAGCAUAUCGAGUAAAAACGAGCUGGGCUGACGUAUUCAAGGAUAGAGUCAAUCGUAAGGCCAUUGUACUGACGAGCAUUUUAAUGACCUUCCAAGAGUUCAUGGGCAUUGACGUGGUCCUAUUCUAUACGGAGGACAUUUUUCGCAACGCUGGAACUAAAAACACUGCCAUGUCCGCCAUAAUAAUUGGCGUCGUCCAAAUGCUUAGCUCUGUUUUAACGCCGCUUGUGGUUGAUAGGUCUGGCAGAAAGAUAUUGCUUAUUAUUUCGAGCGUUGGAAGUGGUAUCACUGUGGGAAUCCUUGGAACAUUCUUUUAUUUACAAACCAUUGAAUACGAUUUGAGUAGCGUAUGGUGGGUGCCUUUAGCCACCCUAGUAGUAUACAUGAUAGCGUACAGCAUUGGCUGGGGACCCAUACCAUGGACAGUCAUGGGAGAGAUGUUUGCACCCGCUGUCAAGCCUAAAGCGUCCUCCAUAUGUGUUUGCGCCAUUUGGACUUUUUCUUUCUUGACGACCAAAUUUUUCACAAAUGUCGAGAAAGCUUUUGGCACCCAUACGGGAUUUUGGUUUUUUAGCUUCUGCUGCGCAAUUAACAUUGUCUUUAUCGUAAUGUUUUUUCCCGAAACCAAGGGGAAAACAUUAAGCGAGAUACAGAAAAAAUUGAGCCGUUGGAAUUCUUCGCCUAUUGCUAAUGAAAAGACUUCGGUUAAUCAAGAGACAUAGAAAGAACAGUUUAUAACUCUACAAGUUAGCUGUGUCAUAUCUCAUUUUGCAGUGUUAUAUUAUAAAUUGAGAUUUCUAUACCAAUAGUAGUUUUGGAAAAACAAAUCUUAUUUAUUCCACGUGAUAUUUACAACAUCAAUAUUAAUUUAAAAGCUUGAAUAAUAGACCGAAACUACGUUUCUAUAUCGAUACGCAUUAUGUACAAAGUGAAGUCAUGUUACGUGUACUUGUAAAUACUAAGGAAUUAGCGUAAUUUGAUUACUUAUUUAUGGUUACUAGCUUUGUUGGAAUUAAAAGUAUGCAUAAUUUACUAAUGGACCAUAAAAUGAAAAUAAAAAUUAUGUUAUAUCAACAAAAGUUAUGUUGUCAUAGUUAAUAAACCACUAUGAAAAAUGAGAAAUCAAUGGACCACUAAUGAAAAUAAAAAAAAGCUAAAAACAAAAAUUAUAAAUGACGUCAUCGC